CACAACUUAGAGCUUGAAAACCAUCCUCAAAUUCGGGUGUACACGGCGAACAGGCUAUUCCAAGGCCUCAAUUCCGCUGUACCAGCCUCUACCUAUCACAAUAUGCUGUCCAGAGCAAUACGGCGUUCCCUCCUGGAGCCAGCGACCGCCGCGCUCCCACCAACCUUCCUCCUCCCCUUCCGCGCCCAUCUCUCAACCCAACCGCACAGCACCAGCACAACAUCAACCGACCCAUCAACCCUCUCAUCGCCACUCCACAGCGGCAAAAAUGCCGCCAGCGCAUCCUCCGCAAAAGCAACCGCCCGCAACAAUGAGCGUCUCGGACCCCUAGCCGACGGCUCACAAGGCAUCUCAGUCCCCAGGACCACCCUACCACUACCAUCAUCCACACCCACACAGCGCAGCAGCACUGUAGAUCUACACGAGUCCAUCCACUCCAUGCUCCCCUUGCUACGCGCCCAACCGCCGUACUACAUCCAGGUGCAGAUCCACGGCAAGAACUACCUGCUCACGGCCGGCGACGAGCUGCGUCUGCCGUUCCUGAUGCCAGAUGUGUCGCCCGGCGACGUGCUGCGGCUGAACCGCGCGACGCACAUUGGCUCGCGGGAUUUCACGCUGCGGGCUGCGGCGAGCAAAAAGGGGACGCGGGUCGCGCCGAAGGUGACGCGGUAUCUGGACGAGCGGUUGUUUGUGUGUCGGGCUACGGUGAUGGGGGUGGAUAGCGAGCCGAUGCGGUUUCUGGAGAAGACGAAGAGGAGGCAGAGGCAUGUUAAGACGGUGAAGAGUAAGCAUCGGUUCACGGUGCUGCGGAUUGGGGAGGUUACGGUCAAGUCGGUGGAGGAUGCUGAGCGGGCGAAUGCGGAGGAGCCGUUGAGUGGUGAUUCGAUCUUUGGGAUGGAGGAGGAUGUUGAUGAUGUGCAGCAGACUGUGGUGGAAAUGAAUCAGAGGAAUGGGAGAUCGGCUAUUUAAGAACCUGGACGUGCGGAUGUAUAAAUUGUAUUAUAUGGUACAAUGCCAGUAGAAUACCACCACGAGGUUGCAUUACUGCAGCGUUGACCUCGAUUCUUUUG